AUUCUACACAGUAUCCCCAUUCCACCACAUUUCCAUAACCAACUCUUCCUGGCCGCCUUCUGAAGGAAUUUUAUGCCCUCCACUUCGUGACACUUCGGUUCGUCAGCAUAGCCACACUACUUGUCUGUCUCUUCAACCAGAGCCAUAUCCGCUAGUACCUGCGUCCGACCGUCAUUCUUGACCAAUAUCCGUUCUCUCCCCGGAUCAAGACGCCACAGCAUUCCUGCACAAGAGAUGAUCCCCAGACACUCCUUUUCUUCCACCAGAUCCGCUAGCUACUAGUACAUUCCACGUCGCCUUCUCUCCGUGGUUGCUGGUCAAUCACUUCUCAGGCUAUUCACGGGGACAGUAAUUCCCUCUAACUUCGCAGCCUCUCCACAACCUAUCCUUUCUUUAGGGGACCGAUGCCUUUCGUCUAAAGUGCCCAGAGCCCAGUCGUUCGUUCAAAUGGCUCAAACUGCUAGCCACCCGCUCCCUCCGACCCCUCCUCCGCCGAUCUACUCUCCUCCUCUGCGGACCGACAGUCCCCAGAUCAUUGAGCCAGUGCAAGAUGGUGGAACUAAUAGUCAUGCCGGUAUUUCGAGACCAAAGAUCUCACAAUCGAGGCAGAUGAGCAACCCUUCAAUAUCCAUGUCCCUUGCAGACCGCCGGUCCUCAGGAGGAGCACAUGCGGCUGCCAAUGUCCAGAUCAGUUCGCCCGAGACCGCAAUGUCAAAGACAGCCGAUCCCGUUGCGGUAAAGCGCACGCUAACUCCCCAGCAGUCUCAGCAGCAAGAUCCAAGCAGACUGUCACCAUCCCCUUACGCCAUGCCGCGGCGGCGGCCUGUAGAGGGCAGCGUCGUUCAAGACCACCGACGGGUUUCGUCCGAGAAUUAUGCUCCAAAAGACGGAAACAUAGAGUUGACACCCUUUCAAAUGCGAUCUAUGCGACAUGCGUCCACAUCGGCUAUCGACACAGAGGCCCCUUCGGAGAGCUUUGAGCCACUGAGGUAUCACCAUCAACUCAUGGAAGAGGCGGAGAUGAGCUCCCUCGAUAAUCGAGCGUCCAAAUUGACCAUCGCUACCGACGUAUCAGGUCAGCCGGAUAGUGCUCGCAACAGUACCUAUGGCAGGAACUUGCAGAGACCAGACAGUGGCUUCUCGAGCACCUCCGAUUUUCGUGGACGAUCACACUCUCCCAAUUUGUCUCCUGCUCGGCCUAUAUCGAGAGGGUCUCGGUCGCCAGACACGAGACCUCUGUCCUAUGUCGAUCUUCUCAACGUCCCAUAUCCACAGCCGGCGCCUAGUGGUGCAGAAAAUUUGGUCAAUUCAGGUCUUCGCACGGUGGUUGGUAGUAACGCCAAUCUGUUGUCGACACGAAAAACGCUUGAGAUGUACCGGGCCAAUGUCAAAAAGACCAACGAUCCGGCUGUGCAGUAUGAGUUUGCCGUCUUCAUGAUUAGUGCGGCGCAGGAAGAGGGACUAGAAGCUGACACGGUAUCGGAAACGGCGGCAUCGGAAAAGUCGAAUCAAUCCGUAAGAGAAGAUUUGCUGAAGGAGGCCAAGCAUAUUCUUCAAAAACUAUCCGAUAGAUCAUAUCCUUUUGCGCAGUACUAUCUGGCGGAUGGAUACGCUUCUGGCCUCUUCAGCAAAGGUAAAGAAGAUUGGGAUCGGGCGUUUCCCCUUUUUCUGUCUGCAUCCAAACAUGGGCACGCCGAGGCGGGGUACCGUACCGCUUUGUGUUACGAGUUUGGCUGGGGUUGCCGGGUGGAUGCAGCCAAAGCUGUUCAAUUCUACCAACAAGCAGCCAGCAAAAACCAUCCAGGUGCUAUGCUUCGACUUGGACGGGCUUGCCUAACCGGCGACAUGGGACUGACCAAACGAUACCGUGAAGGUGUGAGAUGGCUCAAGCGAGGUGCUGAGUCUGCCGACUUCCAAUACAACCAAGCUCCUUAUGAUCUAGGCUGCCUUCAUGAGACAGGCUAUGGUCCGGACGUGUUCAAGGACGAAGCCUACGCAGCCCAGCUGUAUACAAAAGCUGCUGAUCUCGGACAUGUUGAGGCCAACUAUCGACUCGGGCAGGCCUACGAGCACGGACAUUUGAACUGCCCCCAGGAUCCCGCCCUCAGCAUUCAUUUCUAUACCGGUGCAGCAGAGCGGGGACAUGCAGAGUCACAAAUGGCGCUUUGUGCUUGGUACAUGGUUGGAGUUCCCAAUGUCUUGGAAAAGGAUGAAGCCGAAGCAUACGAAUGGGCCAAAAAGGCUGCUGAGCAAGGGUUACCCAAGGCUCAAUACACGGUUGGCUAUUUCACCGAGAUGGGCAUUGGCUGUCGUCGUGAUCCGCUCGAAGCCAACGUCUGGUACGUCAAGGCGGCGGAUCAGGGGGAAGAACGAGCCAAACACCGUAUUGCAGCAAUCAGAGCUGCUGGUGCCGGAGCAGAUCCAAUGACUGCAGCGGCAGCGGGAAAGAAGGGAUUGUUGACAACUAGUAAAAGUUCGGGAAACGUUGGACCCCAGGAGGGAGAAAAGAAGAAAAAGUUUGGUAUCUUCUAGACAGAUACUUUCGAUGUCUAGCAUUUGAUGGCGCGAGCUUCCAAGAAUUGGAGAGAUGUAGAAGUAUUCUCGACACCAAGGAACAUUACGACAUCUGGGUGGAAUGCACGACGAAGCGUCGAUGGUAUUUUCGGGAGCUGAGCAUGGCUGCCACUACCUACUUAAUCAAACAGCAUUGUAUUGGUGAUUGCAGGUGGAAAGAUUGCUGCCCACCGCACAAAAAGCAUAGCAUAGCGAGGUCAAGGGAUUAGUUAAAGCGUGGUUCCUCGACCACCUCGACCAAGAUCAUAGACGGCCGUGAAGCUGGAUAUGUACGAGGUACGAUAGUUGAAGCAAUUUUCUACGGAAG